AUGGGGAAAGGAAGUGGUUGCAUACCAAGCAAGAAAAAAGCACCAGUUAACAAUGAUCCAGAAGAGAAUGAACCACUUAGUGUUGUUGAAAGUGAAGUUCCAAAAAAUGAAACAACAAGUAGAAGCAUAGAUGUAGCAACAACCUCAGAAACAUUGAAGAAGUUGAAAGUUUAUGUUGUUUUUUAUUCAAUGUAUGGCCAUGUUGAAUCAUUGGCAAGAUCGUUGAAAAAAGGAGUUGAUUCUGUUGAUGGUGUUGAAGGGGUUUUGUACCGUGUGGUGGAGACACUUCCUAAGGAAGUGUUGGAGCUCAUGAAAGCACCUGAGAAGGUUGAUGAUGGGGUUCCUUUGAUAUCUGCUGAGAAUUUGGUGGAGGCGGAUGGGUUGUUGUUCGGGUUUCCAACGAGGUAUGGGAGUAUGGCGGCGCAGAUGAAGGCGUUUUUCGAUUCGACCGGGCAGUUGUGGAGGGAGCAGAAGCUUGCUGGUUUGCCUGCUGGGUUUUUUGUUAGUACUGGUACUCAGGGUGGCGGCCAAGAAACCACCGCCUGGACAGCAAUAACACAGCUAGUUCACCAUGGAAUGCUGUAUGUUCCAAUUGGUUAUACUUUUGGUGCUGGAAUGUUUGAAAUGGAUUCAGUUAGAGGUGGGUCUCCAUAUGGUGCUGGAGUUUUUGCUGGAGAUGGUUCAAGGCAAGCAAGUGAAGCUGAGCUUGCACUUGCUGAAUAUCAAGGGAGAUACAUGGCUAAUAUAGUUAAGAAGUUGGGACAGAAAAGCUAG